CGCUCAUCCGGCUCAGCUCGGGACGCGUGCGGACAUUGUGACCUCAGGGGGCGUGCCUUGCGUGACGGGGCCCGGGAGCGGGAGUUUGUCCUCCUCCUCCUCCCUCCUCCUGCUCUUUGGGCCGGCCAUGGGGGUGACUGUGGAGACGCACAAGAUCUAUCACUACCCCUUCGAGCAGGUAGUGGCCAGUUACCUCCGAAAGUAUCCAAGUCCAAUGGAAAAAAAUGUUAUAGCUGUAAAAACCGUAGAAGAGAAAACAGAUUCGUCUACAGGAAUCAUAUACCGAAGAAGGAUUGCUACGUGCCAGAAUGUAGUUCCACACAUUUUGAGAAAGAUCAGUGUCCUAAAAGUAUCUGAGGUCCACUUAGAAGAGGAAUCUUGGGUUAACAUACAGAAAAGAGUUAUGUCUAUGAAAACACGUUGUCUCACAUGGACAGAGUAUGCUACCCUAAAAGAAGAAUCAGUCUUCCAGGAAAGCUUGGAGAAUCCAAAUUGGACUGAAUUUAUACAGAAAGGGAGAAUAUCAAUAAAAGGAGCAGGGCUGCUGAAUUGCUUCUUGGAAGUUUUUGCACAGACCUUUUUAAAUCAAGGGGUCAAAAAGAGCAUUUCAAUAAUGGAGAAACUUCUGCAAGAACAGUUUGGAAGCCCAUUUUUGUAAUUGGAAAAAAGAAGAGAAAACAUGCAUUUAAAGUUUAUAUACAAGAAUAGUACCAGCUUUGCUUCUUGGUGAAGUUAACUUUAAGAAUUGUUUUAUCAAAGAAGGAAACACUUGAGUGAAAGAAGACACUGAUCAGAUGACUUUAAGUGAUAUAAGUGAAAUGAUAUCAUUGUGCUCCCAGGGUGAUCAUGAAGAACCAAAGUGUAUUUUGAAAACUGGAUCAGUGUGAACUUAUGUUCUAAUCUCCAAAGUUGUAAGUGAUCACAGAAAAAUUGAAGACCAUGGAACCUUUGCUCUUUGGAGAAGCUUCUAUUAGCUAAGAUGAACAAGGAUUUCCUCUUAUUUCAAUGUGUGGUUACACAAGACAGACGAUCUAUUCAUAUAAGUGCUUAAAAGAACUAAGAUGCUUGAUUGGUAGAUAGAUACUGUGAAUUGAUAUUAUAUUAUCACAUUGUAAGCUUUCAGGUAUUUUUAUCUUCAACAUUCUGGUACUCCAUAGGAAAAAAAUGCUUUAGCAAUCCACAAAUACUAUUCAGGUUUUUAAUGUUUGCCAAUAUAGCCCUGCAAAAUGUGAAUUAUACAUUAGCUUUCUAUGGGCUUGUCUACACUGAUAAAAAGAAAUCUGUUUGACACAGUAUUUUCCCAGUCCACACUGAUCCUGCAGUGAUGCCUUUAAUACCACAUACGUUGGAGUGAAGUCACCAUAACUGACCAUGCUUUUCCCCUGGCAGAAUGUGCCUUGCUAUUUGGAGGCCAUCUGCAUUUCCAUUUUUAUUUUGCAUUAUUUUGGUCGCAAAGCCAUAGGUGCUUUAGAGUUUUUUCCUGUCAUGAAUAACCCUAUUUCCGAUUAAAGAGAGAUGCAGCAAUGCUAUCUGCAGACAUAAUUUUCUUUUUAAAAAUAAAAAUAAAAUGGAACCUAGGAAAAAAGAAUCCUUCCCUGAUAGGAAUGCUCUCCUCCCACCAACUAGUUCCACCCGCCACUAACUCCUCCCACAACAAUACAGUGAAGCAACGCCACCUGAAAGACUGGCCACAAGUCUAGAAAUGCAGAUUUUCUGUAAAACUUUAGGAUAAAAGGCAAGUUUUUUUAAAAAUAAAAAGCCCCAAUUGAUUAAAGUCCAAGGAAAUCAUUUACAAAUGAAUAAUCACAAAGGAUCAGAACAUGUAUGAGGCAAGCAUGGUUUUUGUUGCCUAUGUAGACAGGCCCAUAGUCUGUAAAAGCCAAUUCUUGAAAUAUUUUUGUUAAUGUUAAAAUGCAGUGAAAGUUUAUUUUUCCAAAGAGAAUAAUUUCCUUGUUAUUUCUUUUACUGCUGAUAAUGGAUGAAUUCAGAGUAUGCUCAUUAUAAACUGCCAUGAAAUUUAAAUGGUAAAUUGAUUUGGGGCUCAGUUUUUGUGUUCUAUGUUAUUUUUUAUAUCUUUUACAGAUUGUAUUGUUGAAUCAUGCUGUCUACAUAAAAGUAAUCAUUUUAUUUGUACAGUGGAAUUUAGCAAGGGAAUACAGAUUUGCAAAUAAGCUUUGAAAUGUUGGCAUCUUUGAUUUUCUUCUUUAUUAGAAUAAAUUUGAAGAACGUUAUAUGGAUAGCAAACAUGCUGAGCGGAUUGUUAGUAUCUAUCCAGAAUUUUUAACUCAUCCACACUGGAUAGACAUUGUAAACAUGAUGUUAUUUGGUAUGCAAUUCUUAUGUAAACAUAGUGUUAGGAAUGUUUAAGUCCUGAUUCAAUAAUAUUCUGAAGUAGUAGGGAAGAUUAUUUUGUUUUGACAUAAAAUCAUGUCCCUUUCAACCUUGACACCCAUGUUUUUAUGAGGGAGACUGCUGGUGCAGUUGGGAUUAAAUUUAGAUUUACCAGGCCUAGCAGUUAUGUCAGGUCAUUUUUUAAUUCAUUUUCUUCAGCAGUAUGCCAGACUAACCAGUCACUUUGACAGCUGGCUAAUGGGAUUGAAAGGGAUAUGAGUUGCCCUGUUGGUUGCCUCCCCUUCCUGCUCCCUUUUGCUUAACUGUGUUGGAAAGAGAAGGACACAUAUUUCUCUUAGCCCUACUUUCCUUCAUUUUACCCAUCCUCCUCCACAGGAGGUAAGUGGUUUAAACAGGGAAGCAAUGGGCAAGGAGCAUGGCUGAGAAGUAUCUGAACUGAUAUGUAAGCAGAAUCAGGAUGUGAGUGUUGUCAUUGACAAUAUAUGGGAAAAUAAUGUUGAGGCUGUGUACCCUUUUAAAAGAAUCACACAUGCUUACAUCUUAUCCAAUACUAUCCAAGAACAUGGAAGAAGCAAAUUUUAUAUAUUUGAGACGCUAAAGGAAAUUGCAAAGAAACUUGGUUCCUGCUGUUCCGCAAAUAAGAGGGUGUACUUGAAAUAAAAUCUGCUUUUCUUGGAAGCUU